AUGACGGUUGCGCUCAGGUUCCAGGUUGCUGCCCGUCAAUCCGGCUUGUCCUGGGGUAGCAAUGCCUUGCGGCGCACGGUGCCAGGACGGAGCUACUCCAGUGCAGCUUCGGUCGAUGGUUCGCUACCUUUGGCUGGUAUCCGGGUGCUUGAUAUGACACGCGUUUUGGCUGGUCCUUACUGUACUCAAAUUAUGGGUGAUUUAGGAGCGGAAGUUAUCAAGGUCGAACACCCUGUGCGCGGCGACGAUACUCGUGCUUGGGGUCCGCCAUAUGCAAAGUACGAAGAUGCUUCCAGGAAGGGCCCUGGCGAGAGCGCUUACUACCUAGCUGUCAACCGGAAUAAGAAAUCCCUCGGUCUAUCAUUCCAACACAAGUCAGGCGUCGAGAUUCUACACAAGCUUGCAAAGGAAUGCGAUGUCCUAGUCGAAAACUAUCUUCCAGGGGGGCUCAAAAAAUACGGCAUGGACUAUGAAACUCUGCGGGAAAUCAACCCAAAAUUGAUUUAUGCCAGUAUCACCGGGUAUGGCCAGACAGGCCCAUAUAGCAACCGUGCAGGCUACGACGUCAUGGUAGAAGCCGAGAUGGGAUUGAUGCACAUUACCGGUUCUCGGGAUGGCGCGCCAGUAAAGGUUGGUGUUGCUGUUACCGAUCUGACUACCGGACUAUACACAUCGAAUGCCAUCAUGGCGGCUUUGAUUGCUCGGGGUCGGACUGGUAGAGGUCAGCACAUCGAUGCCUGUUUGAGUGAUUGCCAAGUCGCUACGCUAUCGAACCUGGCUAGCUCUGCGCUUAUCAGUGGGAAAAGGGAUUCCGGCCGUUGGGGCACAGCACACCCAUCCAUUGUACCCUACCGGAGCUACAAGACCAGCGACGGAGAUAUUCUCUUCGGUGGUGGCAAUGAUAGGCUUUUUGGCGUGUUGUGUGAUCGACUAGGCUUUUCCGAGUGGAAGACGGACGCCCGCUUCGUCACUAACAGUGGCCGAGUGCAGCACCGUGCGGAGAUCGACGGUAUGAUUGAAAGCACCACCGUGCAGAAGACCACGCAGGAGUGGUUGGAUAUCUUUGAAGGCAGCGGUAUGCCCUAUGCGGCUGUCAACGACAUUCAGGGAACCCUGAAUCACAAGCAUGUUUUGGCACGAGGCAUGGUGACGGAAAUUGACCAUCCUGCAUGUGGUCCCAUCAAGAUGGUCAACACCCCUAUCAAGUACUCCGAAGCGACGCCCGGUAUCCGCACGCCUCCUCCUACUUUGGGCCAGCAUACAGAUGAGAUUUUGGGUAAUGUCCUCGGUUAUGGGGAGGCGGAUAUCGCUCGCAUGAAGGAUGAGGGGGUCAUAUCCUAA